AUGGAACUGCUUUGGCUGUUGUCUCCACUGUCCCCUCCAGACCCAGAGGUACAGAAUGUUUCAGUGUUUUAGCACUUUAAAAGUCUGAUUGAUUUAAGAAAACAAGGGGAUCCACAUCAGAUAGUGAAAUAUAUUAAUCCUAAAGAGGCAGAACUUCUAGAUGCUGCUGCUGGUAUUCAUGUAUGCUUCAGAUUAGGGGGGAUAAGUAUGCCUGAAUAUUGAGUUAAAUUUCCACCUGAUAGAUACUAUAAAAUUUUUACACACAGACAUAUUGAAGAUUUAUGUGCUAACAGCCCUAGAGAUUAUACAAAGCUCCCAGCAAAACAUACAUCUCAUAAUAAAAAUGAUCAUACUCAGGAAGAGGAUCACAGUGGCUGGUAUCGUUGAAUAGAAAACAAUGGCUGGCGGCCUGUUUCUGAUAGGUUUUGGAUGCCAACUGGCAAUGAAGUGGUGGAUGACCAAAAGGAAAGUGAAUUCCAUUUCUCUAAACUGAAGAGAAGGCAAGAUUUGGAAAGAAAAAGAAAAAUUAGAAAAAUAGAAUGGAUGAGACAAAUGUAUUAUGCAGGAAGCCUGCAGGCUAAGUCAACUCAUUAUGAAACUAUAGGCUUAAUCCAUACAGCAACAAAAGGGCUCAUAAGAACCAUGGAAGAUGGUGGGAUAGAUUCUGUGAUGGAAUGGGAAGUGGAUGAAGUGCUGAACUGGACAAAUACCCUCAACUUUGAUGAGUAUAUUGCCAACUGGAAGCAAAUUGCUACAAGCAACUCUUCAGUUAACUUCAAAGGUAGGUUUCGGUUUUGAGCAAAGAAAAAUAUAUAUGACUACCAAGAUGUAUCAGAGGCACAAAUGGGAACACCCUAUGGUAUUUUAUAUGAAAAUGUUUAUAAAGAGCCAAACUCUAUUAGAUUAACACCCAACUCCACAUAUGGAAUAUAAACAUAAUGUACUUUUAUUCUUUGAGCUGUGGCCCUUCAAGCCCUGCAUUCAUCAGUUGGAACUAAGAGACAGCUCAGGCUAACUAGAAUGACUUGUGUAUGUAGUCUUGUCACAGAAUCUAGCCCAGUUAAAUCAGGAAGAUUGAAAAGAAACAAAAUGUUAGCCCAAAUACAGUGGUCACAGAAAAUAGACAAAAUAUUCUUGGUAUUCUGAGAAACUGUAGUAUUCUAACAAUCAGUUAAAUAAAGAUACAUUUAGUGUAAAAAAUAUUCAUAUUAUUUUCCUUUGUGCAGUCAUGCAAGACAGAGCUACGUAUCACAAAUCCAAAUGAGACUUGCUUUUUUCUCACCUCUCCCACCUCCCUUCAUCUUUUUAUUUCUCCACUGAACUUUUAAAAAUAUUAAGAUGUAACAGUACAUAUUUAUGGGGUACUCUGCAUUUCAACACAUGUAUACAACAUGUACUUAUCACAUCAGAGUAAUUAGCAUUCGUAUCUCCUAUGUCCUUUAUGUGUGGAGGCUUCAAAGUUACUCUUGUAGUUUUUCAAAAAAUACAUAAUAGGUUAUUGUGAACUAUACUAAAUCACUGUGCUGCAGAACACUAGAACUCAUUGCGUGUUUUGGAUCCCAUUAUCCUCCAAACCUUUAUUUUUUUAUAUCCUUUUAUUGGUACAUUGUAGGUGAGGUGUACAAUAUGACAUUCAUCAUUGGAGAUAUGCACC